AUGUUUAACGCUACAGUUCGUCGGGCAGUGGCCCGGGCUGGCCGUCCCGUGGCUGUGCCUAAGAGAAACCUCUCAUUACACGAGUACCGUUCGGCCCAGAUUUUGAAGGAUUACGGCAUUGCUGUUCCUAGAGGAGCAGCCUCGACUACUGCCGAGGGUGCUGAGAAGAUUGCUAAGGAUUUGGGUCUUGAGGAUAUGGUUAUUAAGGCUCAGGUUCUUGCUGGUGGUAGAGGUAAAGGUACUUUCGACAGUGGUUUAAAGGGAGGUGUCAAGUUGAUUUCUUCUCCUUAUGAGGCCAAGAUGUAUGCUGAGCAGAUGCUCGGUCACAAGCUUAUUACCAAGCAAACUGGUGCUGCUGGUAAAGAAGUCACUGCUGUUUAUGUCGUUGAACGUGAGUUUGUUCGUAGAGAAGCUUAUCUCGCUGUUCUUAUGGACAGAGCUACUCAAGGACCUGUUAUUGUCGCCUCUUCUCAAGGUGGUAUGGAUAUUGAGGGUGUUGCUAAGGAGACUCCUGAUGCUAUUCAUUCCUUCAAGGUCGAUAUCCACGAGGGAGUUACUGACGAAUUGGCUUUAAAGGUUGCUAAUUCGCUUGGAUUCUCUGCCAAGGCUGUUCCUGAGGCUGCUGAGACUGUUAAGAAGCUUUAUAAGGUGUUCAAGGAGAAGGAUGCCACUCAAAUCGAGAUCAACCCUCUUUCCGAGACUGUUGAGAACAAGGUUUUGGCUAUGGAUGCCAAGCUUGGUUUUGAUGACAAUGCCUCUUUCCGUCAAGAGGAGGUUUGGGGAUGGAGAGAUUUCACUCAAGAAGAUCCUGAUGAGGUCGAGGCUUCGAAGUCUAACUUGAACUUUAUCAAGCUCGAUGGUAACAUUGGAUGUCUUGUUAAUGGUGCUGGUCUUGCUAUGGCCACUAUGGAUAUUAUCAAGCUCUAUGGAGGAGACCCAGCUAACUUUUUGGACUGUGGUGGUGGUGCUACUGCCAAGGCUAUUGAGAAGGCUUUCGAGCUCAUUACCUCUGAGUCUAAGGUCACUGCUAUCUUCGUCAACAUUUUCGGUGGUAUCGUGAGAUGUGACAACAUCGCCAAGGGUCUGAUUGCCACCACCCAGAACAUGAGUCUCAACAUCCCCAUCGUGGUCCGUCUGCAAGGAACCAACCUCGAGGAGGCCCAACGUCUGAUCUCCGAGUCCGGUCUCAAGAUCUUCUCGUUCACCGACCUCGACGAGGCUGCUCAAAAGGUCUGUCAACUGUCCAAGGUCGUCCAAAUGGCCCGUGACAUCGACGUCAACGUCUCCUUUGAACUCCCCUUGUAA